AUGGGCAAGGAGAAGACUCAUAUCAAUCUUAUCGUUAUUGGACAUGUUGACUCCGGAAAGUCAACUUCCACUGGACACCUUAUUUACAAAUGCGGAGGAAUUGACAAGAGGACCAUUGAGAAGUUCGAAAAGGAGGCGGCUGAGAUCGGAAAAUCGUCCUUCAAAUAUGCCUGGGUCCUGGAUAAGCUGAAGGCGGAACGUGAACGCGGUAUAACUAUUGAUAUCGCUUUGUGGAAGUUUGAAACGCCGAGGUACCUUGUAACAAUCAUUGACGCUCCUGGACAUCGCGAUUUCAUCAAGAAUAUGAUCACUGGCACUAGUCAGGCAGAUUGCGCCAUUCUUGUCGUCGCGGCUGGUGUCGGUGAAUUCGAGGCCGGAAUAAGCAAGAAUGGUCAGACUCGGGAGCACGCACUGCUGGCCUUCACUCUCGGCGUCAAAAAAUUGAUUAUUGCCGUAAACAAAAUGGACGCAGUGGACUACAGUGAGAAGCGUUUCCAGGAGAUCAGUUCCGAGAUGAAGGCGUAUAUUAAGAAGGUGGGCUACAAUCCAGAUACCGUCAACAUCGUGCCCAUCUCUGGCUGGGUUGGUGACAACAUGCUGGAGCCGAGUUCGAACAUGCCUUGGUACAAGGGACCAACCCUUUUAGCUAGCAUUGACCUUAUUGAGCCGCCGGUUCGCCCUGUUGAAAAGCCUCUUCGUAUUCCUCUUCAGGACGUGUACAAGAUUGGCGGCAUUGGUACGGUCCCUGUGGGUCGUGUGGAAACGGGUGUAUUGAAGCCAGGAAUGGUUGUUACCUUUGCGCCUGUGGGAAUAUCCACUGAGGUCAAAUCCGUUGAAAUGCAUCACGAAGCGCUCCAGGAGGCUGUGCCCGGUGACAAUGUCGGCUUCAACGUUAAGAACGUAUCGGUCAAGGAUAUUCGUCGCGGAUACGUUGCUGGUGAUUCGAAGAACAAUCCGCCACGAGAGGCAGCCGACUUUGUUGCUCAGGUCAUUGUUCUAAACCAUCCCGGUGAGAUUGGUGCAGGGUACUGUCCCGUUCUCGACUGCCAUACUGCGCAUAUCUCGUGCAAAUUCGCUGAGCUCCGCGAAAAGAUUGAUCGUCGUACCGGUCAGGUUAAGGAACAAAACCCUCAAAAGAUCAAGUCCGGCGACGCUGCAAUUGUUUUCAUGGUUCCUAGUAAGCCCAUGUGCGUCGAGGUCUUCUCGGAAUUUCCACCGCUUGGACGCUUCGCUGUUCGUGACAUGAGGUCGACGGUGGCGGUUGGUGUCAUUAAGUCAGUAACCUUCAAAGACAAGGAAGCGAAGGCCACCAAGUCUGCCCAAAAAGCUGCUAAAGCGAAGAAGUAA